AGACGCUCCCUUCAACCGGAACCAAAACCCUUGCAAAACCCCCCAACUCGCCUCCUGCUCUCUCUCUCUCUCUGUCUCUCUCUCUCCCCAAAUGUCUCUUUCAAAGCCCUUCUUCUUCCAUCUGAAAUCCCAUCUAAAACCCUACUACAACUCUCCCGUCUUCCUCUCCCUCCGCCACCUCUCCUUCGCCUCUCCCGAAGAAGCGGCUGCCGAGCGCCGCCGUCGCAAGCGUCGCCUCCGCAUCGAACCGCCCCUGAACUCCCUCCGCCACCACAAUCCCCCCAAACCCCACCAAAAUGCCCCUCCCCCAAACCCCAAUUCCCCCAAACUCCCUGACUCCGUCUCUGCCCUCUCCGGUAACCGCCUCAACCUCCACAACCGCAUCCUCACCCUCAUCCGUCAGAACGACCUCGAAGAGGCCUCGCUCCUCGUCCGCCACUCCAUCUACUCCAAUUGCCGGCCCACCGUCUUCACCUGCAACGCCGUCCUCGCCGCCCAGCUCCGUCAGUCCCGCUACGCCGAUCUCCUCUCUCUCCACCGCUUCAUCACCCAGGCCGGCGUCGCCCCCAAUGUCGUCACCCACAACCUCCUCCUCAAUGCCUACUGCGACUGCCGCCGCACUGACACUGCCCUCGAGCACUACCGCCAGGUCCUCAAUGACUCGCCCUUCAGCCCCUCCCCCACCACUUACCGCAUCCUCACCCGUGGCCUCGUCUCGUUUGCUGACCCUGCCAAGGUCGACCGCGCCCUCGCCCUCAAGGACGAGAUGCUCUCCCGCGGCCUUGCCCCUGACCCCACUGUCUACAGCCACCUGAUGCUGGGCCUUGUCAAGAUCGAUGAGCCCGACAGGGCGCUGGGCCUCUUUGCUGAGUUGAAGGAGAAGAUGGGGGGUUUUGUCGAUGACGGUGUUGUUUAUGGGCCCCUGAUGAAAGGGUAUUUCAAGAAAGGGAUGGAGAAGGAGGCGAUGGAUGUUUACAAUGAUAUUGUAUUGGGCGGCGGAGGCGGUUCUAGGAUUAGAAUGGGGGCCAUUGCUUACAAUUCGGUACUUGAUGCAUUGAGCAAGAACGGGAAGCUUGAUGAUGCAGUCAAACUGUUCGAUCGAAUGAUGGGGGAGCACGACCCACCGCGGCAGCUCACAAUGAACUUGGGGAGCUUCAAUGUUAUGGUGGACCUGUUUUGCAGCGAGAAGAAGUUCACUGAAGCGACUGAGGUCUUCCAGAAGAUGGGCGAGAAACGAUGUGUUCCUGACACGCCUUCUUGUAACAACUUGAUCGAACAGCUGUGUGGCAAUGGUAUGGUUGCUGAGGCGGAGGAGAUUUAUCGUGAGAUUUCCGAGCUGGGGGUGAGCAUGGAUGAGUGUACCUCUGUUCUGCUUGUGGAUGCUUGUUUUGCGGAGGGCCGGGUGGAUGAUGCGGCACAGUAUUUCAGGAAGAUGGUGGAAUCAGGACUGACACCAAAUGUGGCGGCGUAUAAUAAGGUGAUUGGUGGGUUGCUGAAGGAGGGGAAGGUUGACGAGGCGAAGGUGUUUUUCGAUCAGAUGGUGGAGAAGCUGAAACCAGACUCUGGAAGCUACGCUACUAUGCUGAGGGGGUUGUGUGAGGGAGGGAAGUUGGAUGAGGCACUUAAGAUGGUUGGGGAUGUUUUGAAAGAAGAUAGCGACGGGGCGAUCUUGACUUCGGAGUUGCGUGAGUUUGUAGCGGAGGCUUUGAGGAAAGAGGGGCGGGAGGAGGAGUUGACAAGGUUGUUUGAGGAGAGGGAGAGGGAGAAAGCUGAAGCUUUAGCUAAGGAGGCAGAGGCGACCAAUGCAAGUGCAGUGGCUGUUGAGGCCGUGGCAGAGAAUGGGGAUGUACUGGCUGGCAAGCAAGAGCAGAAUGAAAAAACCCAAGCUGUUGAGGUUGAGGUUGCUACGGACACUGUUGCAGGCCCGGUAGAAGAUGCCAGUAAGGAUGCAGUGGAAGAAGCAUCAAAGGCCAGGGAAGGUGGUGCAGCUGGACAGGUAGCAGCUUAACUAAUGAACUUGGGUUGUCACCCUUUUUCAUUUUUCUGAGAUUUUGAUUAGUAGUAAAUGUCAUCUCUGUCUUAUUCCUAAGUCGAGUUAGUACAGAAAUGUGAUGGAUUGUCUUUCAGUUGUUAUGGUGGGAGGUGUGUGACUAGGAUAUACAUGGAUUGGUGGAACAGGCUUUUUGUUCUCAGUAUUGACGGUAUAGGACUUGAAAGUGUUAUACAUCACCCAUUGUAGUAGAAACCUGGACUUCCAUAAUUAUAAAGAUGUUGGAGUUUCAAUGUUAGA